UCCAAGCCUGGCUGCCUCCGUCGCCACAACCACCAUCCUGGAGUUCGCGCGUUACGGUAUAUUCAAGUUCUGCUGGCAUUGUGGCAUUGAGGUGACGGAACGGAGAGCAGUAGUGCCAGGGCCACCAGCCGGACAACAUCCCCUCGUCUCACGUCUUCACCCAUCGACAUCGCAAGACAUGAAGGCCGCUGAAGCCAGCCGCGAGAGGUUUGCCAUCAACAAGUCUUACAGCAUUGAGAAUGGCUACCCGGCCAGACGACGCUCCCUCGUCGACGACGCCAAGUUCGAAACCACUAUCAACAAGCAACAGAAGCAGUCGUGGAUAGAGGAGGCCCAGCGACUGUCCCGCGACGGGGAGUUGAGUGAGGAGGAGGUCUUCCUUGUGCAGAGUCCUUGUGAGCCCGAUGUCCCCCAGCAGGUGGCUCUUGUCCUGGCCCUCGUCGACGGCAUCGGCUCUCUUCCCAGGAUCAUCAAAACCAUCGAGAACUUCAAGGGGAUGGUGAUCCACGUGGAGACCCGGCCCGCCCCUCGUAAAGGAGUAGCUUUCGACGUCCUUUUCAAGAUCGACAUCCUGAGGGAGCCCUUGCUUAACCUACUCAAGAGCCUCCGUCAGGGCUCCGCCAUCGCCUCCGUCAACCUUCUCUCUGAACAUCAUUCAUCCAUCAAAGAGCCAUGGUUCCCCAAGCACAUCAGUGAGCUGGACGUCUGCAACCACCUGAUGACCAAGUACGAACCAGACCUUGAUAUGGACCACCCAGGCUUUGCUGACAAGGAGUACCGGGCCAGAAGGAAGGAAAUAGCAGACAUCGCCUUCACAUAUAAAUACGGUGAGCCCAUCCCGAGGGUGGAGUACCGGCCUGAGGAGAUAGCGACCUGGGGGGAAGUGUUCAGGGCGCUGGAGAGACUCAUCCCCACCCACGCCUGCCGUCAGUACCGCGAAGUGUGGGAGACGCUGAAGAAGGAGUCUGGCUACUCUCCCGACACCAUUCCCCAGCUCGAAGAUGUUUCUAAGUUUAUGAAACGACGAACGGGGUUUACCCUUCGGCCGGCUGCCGGGCUGUUGACUGCGAGAGACUUCCUGGCCUCUCUGGCCUUCAGGGUGUUCCAGUGCACCCAGUACAUCCGUCACCACUCCUCCCCUCACCACUCCCCUGAGCCGGAUGCCAUCCACGAGCUGCUAGGACAUGCUCCCCUCCUGGCCGACCCAACCUUCGCCCAGUUCUCCCAGGAACUGGGUCUCGCUUCCCUAGGAGCCUCCGACCAGGAGAUCGAGAAGUUUGCCACGAUGUACUGGUUCACGGUGGAGUUCGGGCUGUGCCGUGAAGGCCCAGAGAUUCGGGCCUGGGGUGCAGGGCUGAUGAGCAGCUUCGGGGAACUGGAACACUCCCUUUCAGAAAAGCCCACUAAGAUGAGCUUCGACCCAGCCAUCACCGCCGUCCAGACGUAUCAGGAUCAGGACUACCAGGAUCUCUACUUCGUCGCCGACAGCAUCGAGGACGCUCAGGAGAAGUUCAGGCGAUGGACCUUCCAGACCAUGAGUCGGCCCUACGAGGUACGCUACGAGCCCUAUAGCCAGACAGUACAGACUCUGGACUCUGUGAACAAGUUGGAAGCUCUCGGUGUCGCUCUUCACUCAGAUGUCACCCGACUCAACAUUGCUAUUCACAAGAUGAAGUUCUAAUUGGCAAGAGAGAAAGGUAGAGAGUGGUGGUUAUGGUUGAGAGCUCUGAAGCGUGACUAUUAAAAACUGGUAGUUUGAUGGAUUCAAGUGUUCGAGGAAAGAAUAUGGUAUAUGAAAACAAUUAUUAUACACAAGUAGUUGAUGAAGGUUGGCAAUGGUAGGUGAAUGGUAGAGGUAUAUAAAUUGUUGAGUGAUACAGGUGGUGCUGGAGGUAGGGUAAUGGUUCUGAAAACAGAAGUCAGUAUUGCAUAAAUGUAAUAUUGCAAUGUGAAUCAUGCUUUAUAUCAUUGUAAACUGCAUUACACUGGCAGUAUUUUCAAAUGUAUUAAUAUAUGAGUUUCCAUUCCUCAGUUAAAAAUCUGCAUGCUAAUGUUUGCUACUCGUUGUUAGAGUUGACUGGCUUUACAAUACUUGACCAUCAUCCUGUAGGUUAAUGACAAUAACUACACUCACUCAUACAGUAUACUCUAGCAUCUUACAUCUGGCCAGACAUGACAUUAUUAAACACAACAUAGUAAGUGUUGGAUAACUCUGAAGCCGAGCACCAUCACUGUACUCGCCUAGUUAUGCCUGCGGGGGUUGAGCUCUGGCUCUUUGGUAGCCAGCACAUUAACUGUGUGUUAGUGCUGCCGAUACUAACCGCCACCCAACAUUAACAACCAUUAAAAAUCAACACUGUCACACUACACGUCUAGGGUCAUUGUUUACCACCAAAAUAGUCACAAAUAAUUUAUACAACACUUAACAAGCAUGACCAGCAGAAUGAUGAACAUUAUAACACUAUUUUUGACCCCUUGAGCAGUCUUCAGGACACAGUAAUGCUCUUCAGUGGUAAAGAUUAACAGGUAUCUCAUAAGACAUGCAGUGACUAGCAUUAUGUAGUGUAAACAUGGCCUGUGCAGUCUUCAGGACAAGCUCUAUCGUAUUUAA